AUGUGGAUGAGUGUGCCCUGGGGCUUGAUGACUGCCACCCUGAUGCUAUUUGUCAAAACACCCCCAAGCUGUACAAGUGCAUGUGCAGAGUGGGUUACACUGGCGAAGGGAAGAAGUGUGAAGACAUCGAUGAAUGUGAUAAUGACUUCAAUGGAGGCUGUGUCCACGAGUGUUUCAAUAUUCCAGGAAAUUACCGCUGUACAUGCUAUGAUGGCUUUAUGUUGGCUCAUGAUGGCCACAACUGUCUGGAUACAGAUGAAUGUAUGUUCAACAACGGUGGCUGCCAGCAUGUUUGUGUCAACACUGUGGGGAGCUAUGAGUGUCUCUGUAAGGAAGGGUUCUUUUUAAGUGAUAACCAGCAUACGUGCAUCCACCGCUCAGAAGAAGGCAUGAGCUGUAUGAAUAAGGAUCAUGGCUGUGCCCACAUCUGCAGAGAAACACCCAAAGGAGGAGUUGCCUGUGAAUGCCGACCAGGAUUUGAACUGUCCAAGAACCAGAGGAGCUGCAUUUUAACAUGUAAUCAUGGAAAUGGUGGCUGUCAACAUACAUGUGAUGAUGCUGAUAAUGGGCCUAUUUGUGGAUGUCACCCCAAGUACAUCAUGCAUGUGGAUGGGAAAACCUGCCAGGAGAGGGAAGAGGCUACUGUUGAAAUUUCUGAGGGAAACACCACAGCAGGAGCUGAUGUGGACAAGAGGGUGAAACGACGGUUGCUUAUGGAAACGUGUGCAGUCAAUAAUGGUGGCUGUGAUCGUACGUGUAAAGAUACAUCCACUGGGGUUCACUGCAGUUGUCCUGUUGGAUUCACACUCCAGUUUGAUGGGAAGACAUGUAAAGAUAUUGAUGAAUGCCAGUCCAAUAAUGGAGGCUGUGAUCAUUUCUGUAAAAACACUGUUGGUAGUUUUGAUUGCAGCUGCAGAAAAGGAUUUAAAUUAUUAACAGAUGAGAAGUCAUGUCAAGACAUUGAUGAAUGCUCUUUUGAACGGACGUGCGACCACACGUGCAUCAAUCAUCCAGGCACCUUUGAGUGCACUUGUCACAAAGGCUACGCUCUCUAUGGCUUCACGCAUUGUGGAGAUAUUAAUGAAUGUAGCGUCAACAAUGGUGGUUGUCAACAGCUGUGUGUGAACACGUUGGGAGACUAUGAAUGCCUGUGUCACUCCAGCUACAAAUUACACUGGAAUAAGAAGGAUUGUGUUGAAACAAAAGGUCCCUUGCCUGAUAUGUCACCCAAGGUAUUGCUGCACUGCAUUAAGAGUGGUGGGAGUGAUAGAUGCUUUUUAAGCUGCUCUUCAGAUGUCCAGGUAUUUUCUGGAACACAAGAUGCCUACACCCUCACCUGUGGCAGGUCAUCUCAGCUUAAGAAAAAGCAGCAAAAUACAAAUGCCUCCAGCUGGCUGGAUACUUCGGCCAUCAAGAUAAGCGUAACCUUUAAAUUAAAUGAAGGAAAAUGUAGUUUGAAAAAGACUGAGAUGUUUCAAGAUGUUCUGGAAGAGAUGAUGCCAGAGACACAUAAUUCAGUAAUGGAAAGCUUCCACUAUGUAAACCUAACGUGCAGCUCUGGCAAGAAAGUUCAUGGAGCCCUCAGUAGACUGACAGCGACUAGAGAAAUUUUUAUCACUGCGGACUUUGAGCUUGAAACAAGCCGAAAGGAGGUGACAGACACGUGUGAUGUGCGCUGUGCUCGGAAGAAGACUGAGAAGAGGUUCCGUAAAACCAUCCGAACGUUGCGGAGGACAGUCAGCAGGGACCAGUUCCGCCUUCGUGUCUCGGGCGUGGACCAUGAAGUGGCCAGAAAGUCUCUCAAGCUACCAGAGCCGCAGCAGCCUUGUGUAGGACAGAUGCAUGGAGGCAACAGAUGUGAUCCAUGCUCACCAGGUGAAUAUUCUCCUGAUGGCUUCAAACCCUGUCUGCCAUGUCCCUUUGGAACGUACCAGCCUGAAGCUGGGAGAGUGUCCUGCUUUCCCUGUGGAGGAGGUCUCACAACAAGACAUAGCAGUGCAUCCUUGUUUCAGGACUGUGAGACUAAAGUUCAGUGUUCACCUGGCCAUUUUUAUAAUACCACAACUCAUCGAUGUAUUCGCUGCGCAGUUGGGACAUACCAGCCCGAGUUUGGACAAAAUUACUGUAUUUCAUGCCCUGGAAACACCACUACUGAUUUUGAUGGGUCAACAAAUAUAACACAGUGCAAAAACAGACAGUGUGGAGGUGAACUGGGAGAUUACACUGGAUAUAUUGAAUCACCCAACUAUCCUGGGGACUAUCCUGCAAAUGCUGAGUGCACUUGGAGUAUUAACCCCCCACCAAAGCGCCGCAUUCUUAUUGUGGUUCCAGAAAUAUUUCUGCCAAUAGAAGAUGAGUGCGGAGAUUACCUGGUGAUGCGAAAAAGCUCUUCUUCCAACUCAGUGACCACGUAUGAAACCUGUCAAACCUAUGAGCGCCCUAUAGCUUUCACUUCCAGAUCUAAGAAGUUGUGGAUCCAGUUCAAGUCAAAUGAAGGGAACAGUGCCAAAGGAUUCCAAGUUCCUUAUGUAACGUAUGAUGAGGAUUACCAAGAACUAAUAGAAGACAUUGUUCGAGAUGGCAGACUUUAUGCAUCUGAAAAUCAUCAAGAAAUACUUAAGGACAAGAAACUGAUAAAAGCAUUGUUUGAUGUACUGGCGCAUCCACAGAACUACUUCAAGUACACAGCCCAAGAGUCAAGAGAGAUGUUCCCAAGGUCCUUCAUUAGGCUGCUGCGCUCUAAAGUUUCCAGAUUCUUGAGGCCUUACAAAUAGUUGGCACUGUACUUAAAGCUAACCAGCCCCUGGUCAUGUACAAAGGGGUUGUAGUAGGUGCAGCUGCUUUCUGUGUUUUACAGACUGGCAGAGAAACUCGGUGGAAGCUUGCCAGCUCCGCUCUUGGCAGAGCUGGGCUUUCUCAGCUAACAUAAAUAUUUUGGUGAACAAAAUUUUGACUCCUUUCCAGAAAAUAUCUUUUGGGUACCAAGGAUAUUUCAUGGGUCUCUGACUUAGAAACUGUCCAUAAUGUCUGUAACUGAAUGGUGCCAAGCAGAAGUUUGUAAAGCUCUGCCCUGUUCCUUCAUCAGUAACUCUAGAAGCUAAUGAGGACAGAGAGGCUAAGCAGUGUGGUUUGGGAUGAACUCUAAGCUGCCAUUAAUCCAUGUUACCUCAACAAAUCUGGGUUCUUUUUUGAUCUUGCUGAAAGUGAAAACAAGGUUGAUAUCUCUUUUAACUUUUGCUACAUGGGAAAUUCAGAGCUAAGAUUGA